AUGUCAAGUUACUGGCAGGUCAAGAUACUCGAGAAAGAUAGGGAUAUCCAGAAUAAUCAGGAAGAGCACGAGACUGUACCAACUCCAAGAAAAUCCAUCGAUGGAGUAGUGAUGGUGAUAACUAAUAUAGAACACUUACUUGCACGGUAUGAUACCGUCAGACGUAGCCACUUGCUUGUGAUGUGUCAACAACGAACGAUCAUAUCUCGGUGCAAGGCUGUGGAACCAUGGAUAGUGUGGAAUCUAAAUAUAACUAUUACUGAAGCUGAGCUCAAUAACAUCACCGUAACCGGAAGAUCUGUAAGAAAGUCCCAGAGUAUUCACUUGCCACGUGAUUCAGAAUGGAAAAUUGGAGAAGACAUUAACAGAUCAGCCAUGCCAAAUCCAGUAAAU